AGGAGGGCGAGAAGCCGGAGCCCAGAACAUCGGAGAACCAGAGCAAGAGCUGAAAGAAGUAGGUCUCCGCUGCAUCCAACAAGCGAAAUUCCACGAAGAGCUCAUCAUAGUAUCUCAUCUCAGACUUUUGAGCACCCUUUGGUGAGCGAGACUGAGGGAAGUUCCAAAACCCGGCACCGUGUGACCUUGAGACAGCAAAUAACUGGGCCCGAGCUGCUAGGUAGAGGCCUUUUUACAGCUUCUGGGGCAAGAAAUGCCUCUCAAGGAACAGGUUCUUCAGACACAGCUAGUAAUGGUGAGACAACGGGAUCAGGACAGAGACCUUCAACCAUAGUCCUUGAUCUUCAAGUAAGAAGAGUUCAUCCUGGAGAAUAUCGGCAGAGAGAUAGCAUAGCUAGCAGAACUCGGUCAAGAUCUCAGACACCAAACAACACUGUCACUUAUGAAAGUGAACGAGGAGGUUUUAGGCGCACAUUUUCACGUUCUGAGCGGGCAGGUGUGAGAACCUAUGUUAGUACUAUCAGGAUUCCCAUUCGUAGAAUCUUAAAUACUGGCCUGAGUGAAACUACAUCUGUUGCAAUUCAGACCAUGUUAAGGCAGAUAAUGACAGGUUUUGGUGAGCUGAGCUACUUUAUGUACAGUGACAGUGAUUCAGAGCCUAGUGCCUCAGUC